AUGCCACACCCAAAUCCAAAUCCCCAGAAAGGCCCUCGUAACACCGCCAGUCUCCACGACACAGACUCCAUCGCCGAAUCCAUCUCUUCGGUAGAUACCCAGGCCGACGAUGCCCUGGGCAAGACACUAACAGCCCGCGCCUCGCGCACAUCCCACAUGUCCCUGUCGGAGCGUGUGACUACCAUCGCAACAAAUGCCACCGCAGAUCCGGACUACGAAGUCGACUGGGACGGCGACGACGAUCCGGAGAACCCCAAGAACUGGAGCUUGGCUUACAAGGCCAUGGGGAUCUUGUUCUUGUCGUGGAACACGCUGAUUGUCGUACUAUAUUCAACUUCAUACACAUCCGGCACGACCAUCAUCGCCGAGGAAUUCGGCCAGAGCGAGACGAUCGUCACGCUCGGUCUGACCUUCUACCUUAUUGGCCUUGCUAUCGGGUCGAUGUUCAUGGCCCCGUUGAGCGAGGUCUACGGACGAAAGCCCGUGUGCGUCAUCUGUCUGGCUGUGUUCACCGUGCUGAUUAUUCCAUGUGCGCUCGCGAAAUCAGUAACCACGCUGAUUGUCGUGCGCUUUAUCGGCGCUUUCUUCGGCAGUGUGAUGAUCUCCACGGCGCCGGGUAUGGUGGCUGAUCUGGUCGAUGAUGAGCACCGUGCGCUGGCGAUCUCCAUCUGGAGUAUUGGGCCGUUGAAUGGACCCGUCAUUGGCCCGGUCAUUGGAGGCUUCGUCACUGAGUAUCUUGGCUGGCGGUGGAUGUGCUGGAUCGCGCUCAUUCUCUCUGCCAUUGCGUUGGUUUUUGCUAUCCUUCUCGAGGAAACAUACGCUCCAACCUUACUCCAGAAGAGAGCAGCCAAGCUCCGCAAAGAAACUGGCGAGAACCGCUGGUGGUCCCGCUAUGACCAGAAAGCCAGCCUGUACGAAGUGCUGAAGCUGAACCUCAGUCGCCCAUUCGUGAUGGCAGUCACCGAGCCCAUCUGCAUCUUCUGGGACAUCUACAUCGCCAUCAUCUACGGCAUCCUCUACCUCUGCUUUGUCGCCUACCCCAUCGUCUUCCAAGACAUCCGCGGCUGGGACCUCGGCCUAUCAGGCCUCGCCUUCCUGGGAAUCGGCAUCGGCGUAGUCCUGACCAUAGCCUGCGAGCCGCUCAUCCGGCGGCUGAUAAACUUGCACGCGCCGGACCCAGAAACCGGCAAACCGCCACCCGAAGCAGCGGUCUCGUUCGUCUGCAUCUGCGCCGUGCUGAUCCCCAUCGGCGAGCUCUGGUUCGCCUGGACCUGCGCGCCGGCGUCGAUCCACUGGAUCGCGCCCCUGCUCGCGGGCAUCCCCUUCGGUGCGGGCAACACCGGCGUCUUCAUCUACGCUUCCAAUUACCUCACCCACAGCUACGGCAUGUAUGCUGCUUCUGCGCUGGCUGGGAACUCUGUUAUUAGGAGUAUUCUGGGUGGCGUGUUGCCGCUUGCUGGCUCGGCGAUGUAUGACAGUCUCGGGCCGAAUUGGGCCGGCACGCUGCUUGGGUUGCUGGAGGUGCUGAUUGUGCCGAUUCCGUUUGUGUUUUAUAAGUAUGGGCAUCGGAUUCGGAGGAAGAGUCCGCUUAUUGUGCGUAUGCAGGAGGAGAAGAUGAAGUUGGAGGGGAAACGGGCUAGGAGGGCGCUUCAGUUGGCUAAUGCUGCCAGGGAAGAUGCGGAGAAGGGUGAGAUUUGA